AAAUUGGUCCAUAGCUAAUCUAAAAAAAGCAAUGGGUUGACCCUCAAGCGCAUGCUCGCAGCAGAGGUCGAUGAAUUAGACGCAGCGCAGGACUCCACAGACCGCUCGCAUCUCCGGAGGCCGCACGCCCUGACGCCCCCUUCUGCAACUCUGCCGCUCCUGCUCGCUUCUUCUCUCCAUUCAGGGAUAAAUGGAACAUGGUGCACUCAACGAUCUAUCCAAUGCAACAUUCUCUCUGACAGAUGAGGAUCAUACACUUGCCAAUGCACUUAGAUUCGCUCUUAAUCAGGAUCCCAGGAUCGUACUUUGUGGCUACAGCAUUCCACAUCCAUCCGAGGCCCGAGUUAAUAUAAGAGUUCAGACUACUGGUGAUCCAGCUCUGGAGGUGCUGAAAGAUUCAUGCCAGGAUCUAAUGGUUAUGUGCCAACACGUUAGAAGCACGUUUGAUCAAGCUGUUGCAAAUUUCAAGAAUGAAAAAUCCCUGGAAGACUUGGAUUUGCAAAAGCGAUGAUUGGUUUAUUACUCGACUCACUUUUCAUUAUUCAUAUAUGUCUCAACGAUUGUAACAUAUUGCAAGUAUUUUGGUUUUCAUAUACAUUCUCUCCCAUUUUUUUCGUCACAUACAUUAUUCAGGUGGUCAAUCAUUUCUCUUUUGUUUAUAGCUUUUUAACACAUUUUUUGGAAGGAC